UCGGGUCCAGGCGGGGGGCGGGACUUCCGCUCCUCGGCUGUACAUCAAUCAGGAGGCGGAAGCACGGCGGGGGCGGGAAGGUUGUAGGGCUGCACGUUGGGUUGGGUUUGCUGGUCUCUAAGUGGUCGCGCCCCCUUUGAGAGCGCGAUCGGAAGGCGAGGCGGUGCCGGGCGCUCUCGCGUCCCUGGCGAUUGUGAAGUGCUGACCAAUUGCCACUGAACACAGUUGAAACAGUGAAACAGAAAAUAAGGAAAUGGCAGCAAACUCUUCAGGACAAGGUUUCCAAAACAAAAAUAGAGUUGCAAUCUUGGCAGAACUGGACAAAGAGAAAAGAAAAUUACUAAUGCAGAACCAGUCUUCAACAAAUCAUCCUGGAGCUAGCCUCUCGCUCUCGAGACCCGCUCUCAAUAAGGACUUCCGGGACCACGCAGAGCAGCAGCACAUCGCAGCCCAGCAGAAGGCAGCUUUACAGCAUGCACAUGCACAUUCAUCCGGAUACUUCAUAACUCAAGACUCUGCAUUUGGGAAUCUUAUUCUCCCUGUUUUACCUCGCCUUGACCCAGAGUGAAGAAAGUAUCUGCAAUGAAAGUGACUUUGUAAUCUCAGAUGCCAAAGCUACUAUCAUUCAGUGCUAUCCAAACUGUGACUUUCAGGAUUUGGUGAACUUUUCUAUUUUUUGCUUCUUUAAAAGAAAGUUAUGUGUAAGUCAAAGCAAAAAAGGAGUGAACAGGAUGAUGGAUGAGGAGAGCUGUGGAAGCUGUAUCACCUAAGGACGUACUCAUGCUACCUGUGACAGACUUUUUUGCAAUGCAGUUUGAUUUCCAAUCUAAAUCAGACUCUGAAUUAGAUGGCCACAUAAUUUACCCCUGUCCAGUUGUCUGACUAUAUCAUGUCCACAGUAGACUUUCAAGAGCCAUUUAUAGUACUUAACUUUAAAGAAACGAGGGUGCUUUUUAAAAAUGUGAACCGAUAGGCUUAAAUAACAUUCAUAUUUGCUGUGUAUAGGACUGAUAUCAGUGUAUCUUUUGAAUUUAUAGUCCACAUAUCUUCUGGAAAUAAGGAUCCUUCAACUCAUCACUGGUCCCCCAAUUGUCAAUUUUAAAAGAAAACCCAAGGCUAAAUUAUCAAUCUUAGACAUCAUUUAUAAACCUAUGCCACUAUAAAUGAUGUGCCUAAAUGCUAUUAAAAAUGAUUAUAAGAAAUGUGGUUUUCAAAAUUGUAUAUUACAUGGAUGGUGUGCCUGUGUGGUUUUAUUGUCUGUUUUUGUCUACCUAAAAUGUAUGCAAGUUGAGCUCCUUUUAAAUUACUUUAAGGUGGAAGGAGUUAGGUUAAGUCAGUUUCUCAACCUGACACAUCUUUAAUAGAAUCUAAGAUCCGCGAUGCUUAUUUAAAUUUGCAGUCAUCACUGCCUUAUCCUAGGCCUACAGAAUUUGAAUCUGUAAUUGAUAUACAUUAGUAGAUUUGUAGAUCACUGAAACUUAGAGGUACUUUGCUUUAAAAAUCUAUAUUUUUAAACUUUUAAUAGAAUUGAAGUAUUUUACACUGUAUCACAGAUAAAGGACUUUGUAUGACUACUUGUAACUGAAUUCAUCUUGACCUUAAGUCCUUCCUCUCUGGCGGUAAGGUGAAGUGUAAACUCAAAAUCAAUCCCAGUUUGGUUCAAUAUUUAAUCAAAGUUCAUCUCUCUUUUUGGAGUUUCUUCCUUCCUUCCUUCUCUAAAAUAUUUCCACCAAACAUGGAGUCCUAUCUUACCCAAACUAAUUAAAGCAGAUGUGGACAAUUCUAGACAUGACGGUGUCACACAGACUUAAUAUUUGGACUGAUUUUCUUCAUUUGGGGGAGCUGUCGGCUGUCCCCAUGGUGACAGUCACCUCCACUGCCAGGCUCACUUACUUCUGCUGCAUUUCCCAGCGCCUCUGGCUCCUGUCCUGCCUCAGGUCCAUCCCAGUAUUCCCUGGGUCUUCGUAUAGUGGCCCUCAUUUUUCAUAAAUUAAUUUGACCUACUGGCAUGGUUCUAAAUCUAUCUACUAAUACUAGAGAGAUAAGAAAUUUGGAUUUAGAAUUUAUAUUUUUGAAGCCUCUGCCUAAUGUAACUUUUAUAACUUAGGUAGUGAGAAAUCUUUAUUCCAGUGGCAUUUUUUCUAGUUACUUAGCCUUUUAAACAGAUACUGCCCAAAUCCUACAGGGCUGGUCAGUAAGCACAUCCCUUUCUUGGAGUCACUUGCAAAUUCAGUUUGAUUCCAUAGACAAGUACUACUACUUACUCUGCUCAGGGGAAGAGUGAUGAAUGUAGAUGCCUGUCAGUGGCCAGCAGCUGACCGAGUUUCAGCAGGAACUCUGAGGAAGGGGAGAGUGCACGCAGAGGUGUCUGGACAGGCCUGGAGUCCUGCUGUGGUUGGCCUGGCCAGGGAGGGCAGAGCUAUUCCACACCAAGGUGGGGUUCCCUAAUCAAAGAGACGUAGGAGGGAGGACCGUUGCAAGGACUGCAGUGGACGCAGAAGCCUUGAGGUGGGUGAAUUUGAGUAACUUAACCUCUCUACACGACGCUCCAUCUCCUCUGUAAAACGGGGAUCGGACGCUGCCUACUUCAUGAAAUGGUGCAGGCAUAUUUUUUAAGUAUCUCAUAAAAGUUCACCUCCCUUUACAAAGAGUUUCUUCAUACUGAAGUGAGAAACCAACUUAAUGGUUCAGUAGUGUGCAGCAAGCACUUCUCCCCUCGGAGAAGUUGAAAACAUCAACAUGUAUCUAUGCAGCAGUAGAAGUUUUUUCACAAAUCCCUGUUUCUGUGUGAGAGUAUUUGACUGACUUUACUCACUGUUUGUUCCACCAAUAAGUAAGUUCUUAGAGGGCAAGCGUUUUUGUUUCUCCCUCCUUUUCUCUUUGUUCACCACUGUAUUCCGCUCGGAAUGGCAUUCGGUAUCUACUUAAUGAAGAAAUAGUGAAUGGAUAUAUGUGACCUAGAUCAUGAUAUAAAAGGUUCAUACUGUGUAUCACGGCAAAAAGUUUGAAAGCCACUGCUAAAUAAUACAGAUAAUAGUGCUUUGUUUGAUUCUGAAU